AUGGUGUCGGACUUAGACCUCGUGACCCGGCUUCGUGAAAUACUCCGGAGUUCGGACUUAGACACGGCCACUGCCGGCAGCAUACGGCGCCAGUUAGAGGAGGAUUUUGGCGUUGAUUUAUCGGAGAAAAAGAAGUUUAUUAGAGAGCAGAUUGAUAGUUUUCUUGAAACCCUAAAGGAAGGAGAGGGUGAAUCGGAGAAUGUGACAGAAAAUGAAAAUAACGAAAACGACGUCGUUAAAGACAAGGAAAACGAAAACGAAGAAGAGGAGGAGGAGGAAGAAGAGAGUGAGGCAAAAGAAAGCAAAGGGUCAAACAAGACAGAAAAAGUGAGGAAAAGAGGUGGUUUUACUAAGCUGAACAGCUUAUCGCCACAACUUCAAGCAGUUGUUGGAGUGCCUGAAUUGGGCAGAACUGAGGUUGUGAAGAAACUUUGGGCCUAUAUUCGCGAAAACAAUUUGCAGGAUCCAAAGAAUAGGAAAAAAAUAAAAUGUGAUGAAGCUUUGCGUGCUCUCUUUCGUGUAAAUUCAAUUGAUAUGUUUCAAAUGAAUAAAGCCCUUUCGAAGCAUAUUUGGCCUUUAACUGGAGAAGAUGAAACUGUAAAGCGGAAAGAAAAAUGUGAAGACAGUAACAAUUCUGGGUCAGAAGGAGACAAUGGAGGGGAAGAAGAGGAGGAACAAGAGGAAGAUGAAGAAGUGGAAGAGGUAGAGGUAAAGAAAGAGAGUAAUGAAAGAAGCAAGAAAGGACGGUCUGCUAAGGUGGAAGAAGAUGUUAAAAAAAGAGGCGGUGGCUUUACUAAAUUGUGCAGUCUUUCUCCUCAACUUCAAGAGUUUGUUGGAGUUCCUGAAUUAGCCAGAACUGGGGUUGUGAAGAAAAUUUGGGCCUAUAUCCGGGAGAAGAAUUUGCAAGAUCCAAAGAAUAAGCGAAACAUAAUAUGUGACAAAUCAUUGCGUACUCUUUUUGAUGUUGAUUCUAUUGACAUGUUUCAAAUGAAUAAAGCCCUGUCCAAACACAUAUGGGCUGUCCGUGAGGAAGAUGCUCCAAGCAACUCUUCACCAAAGGAAAAGGGUGCUAAACAAGGAAGAGAAGAAGGACCUGAUGAACCUAAACAGAAAGAAAAGCGGCAGAAGAAAGGUGCUUCUGGUCUCCUUGCUCCCCUUCAAAUCUCAGACGCCCUUAUAAAUUUUUUAGGCACCGGUGAAAAUGCAUUAUCUCGAUCUGAUGUCGUAAAGAGAAUGUGGGAAUACAUAAAAGAGAAUGAUCUCCAGAGUGCUGUUAACUUGGAGAUCUUCAAAACCUCAAUUGCAAGGCAUGAAUAA